AAAGACCACGAUCGCCACGUGAUGUUGUAGUAGGCUACACUGACUGCUCGAGCUCUGCUGUGGCAGUGCAUGGUUAUAACGGCAAGACGGUGGAAAUUAUUUGAAUGUGAAUAGAAAGCUAUGCAAUACUGCUGGUGUAAUGCUCUAAAUGUAAUCUAAUAGAGAAUAUAGUAAUUUAUCAACCUAUAUUUUCUCCCUUUGUUUUCAUACUGUUCAGAUAAAAAAAAACGUGUGUUCGUUACUCAAUAUCCAAGUUUAGGCUACUGUGUAACUGUUAUGGCUACAUUCUGUGAGGUACAUGUAUAUAGCGUCUAGGAACCGUUGUUCAACUGAAACAUUCUGUGAAGUAAUGGGUUCUAAAUUGACCAGGCAAAGAAGUCUGGACCAAAUAGAAACCACAUUUUCCAACAGGAGACGCCAGCAGCAUGACAGCUCCGGAGAAAGUGAGCGGAGUAGUGGCAGGGAAAUCUUGUUUACAUCCCUGAUGCUGAAGUCAGAUAAGCUCCCAGGGAUGCUGCGGAAAACCAAGCACAGCCCCUAUGUGAGACGGGUGGCAUGGAUCCGGGAAAUACAGAAGCUUCUUCGAGAACAGAAACAAGAACAUGCAGUCGAGGUGCUCAAAUUGCUAAGAAAGGACUUGGGACUCCAGGGAACAUCCCUCAAUGAUAUCCUCUAUAAGAACUCAGCCUUUCUCAACCUGGUGGAUCCAAUCUCCCAUGAGCUCUUGCUCAGCCUGGCCAAAGACAUGCAGUGUCCAAAGAGGGAAACAGAUACACUGAAGUCAUCCAACAAGAUCUGCAGACAGCUGAUAUUCCACCUGACCCCUCACUCCAAGUGGAUGAGACAAAGCCUUCCCAGGAGGAAGUCGCAGGCCUGUCUUAAAACCACACUGAAGAAGAAACUGACCAACGACGUGGCCAACCUGUCUGGCAUCCCUCUGUCUGGCCGAGACAUCCACCGGGUGGCCUACUACCUCCAGAGUAACGGCAACUCUGUGUCGGCCGUGGACCUCAGCUUCACUGAGCUGCAGGACGAGAGCCUGCGUCUACUGCUGCCCUACCUGGGCUCCAUGCCCAAGCUCACCACCCUGGCCAUCAACGGCAACCGUCUGACGGUGGGCGUGCUGAAGGAUCUGACGGAGGUGGUGAAGAACCCCCUGCAGUUCGCCAGCCUGGCAUGGGUGGACUUGGGCAACAACGUGGACAUCUUCACUGUGCCACAGCCCCUCCUAGUGGCCCUGCGUAGACGCUUCGGCCUCCGGAGCAGCCUGCCCACCAUUUACGAGUAUAGCGAGGUGCAGGUCUAUAGUAGUUAUACCCUGGAGACCUCUAUUGAAGAACCCAGCCAGUAUGAGGAGGAGGGAGAGGAGGAGGAGGAGGAGGAGGGAGAGGGAGAAGAGGAGGAGGAUAAGCUGGAGCUAGAGGCAUGGGGAGGUGGGGAGAAGUGUGUAUCCACGAUUGUGGCUCUGAACUACUGUGAGAGGUGAUGAGCCAACGUUGUAAUUUGACAACCCUUUGUACCCUACUGUCCCCUCACCUUGGCCUGAGCCCUACCUCCCGUUUCAGCAUGUGUCAUCAUCGCAGGAGAAGCUUGGGGUCACCAAAUUCAUAAACCACUCACGAGGAGAAAACCCUGUUUUGUGUUGUCUCUUUAUAUGUUCCCGAUUGCAGAGAGAGUUCAAGCCAGUUUUGCCAGAAAAUAUACAUUUGAGAAAAAACAGACUGUUCUUGUGUUGGUAAAGACAUAGGUAUUCUAGGCACUGCAGUGAUAUUUUUACUGUGUCCUCCUGCGUAUGUCAUUCUUUAUGAGCAAAGCAAUCCUACACCCCAGGAAUAAGACAGAUUAGAUUUCACCUGACUGGUUUGGCUUUCUAAUGUCAAGUGCUUUUUUCUAAUGAGGUACUUCCAUGUAGCACAUGCAGAUUGGAUGACACAGUGGGAGGGUUUCUAUAAAUAUGCUGCUGUGUUUUAUUGCACAACACACAACAUUUACUAAACGCUGAUUUCAAAACAGAUGGUUUUAAUUAUACAUCCACCAGAUUCACAUUUAUCCAAAAAUAGUUUUUAUCUUCCAAGUAGAGCAGACCUGACUAGGCUGUGAACCUCUGAGUGAGCCUCAACUGGCAGGUUCUGGGUCAGGCUGCCCUUGCCCUGAGCUGGGUGCUGGGGAGAGGACACCCUGUCUGUCUGUCUGUCUGUCAGGGAGGGAGGGAGCUGGGGAGUGGACACCCAGCCUGUCUGUCUGUCUGGGAAGGAGUGAGCUGGGGAGUGGACACCCAGGCUGGCUGUCUGGGAAGGAGUGAGCUGGGGAGUGGACACCCAGGCUGUCUGGGAAGGAGUGAGCUGGGGGAUGGACACCCAGGCUGUCUGUCUGGGAAGGAGUGAGCUGGGGAGUGGACACCCAGGCUGUCUGGGAGGGAGUGAGCUGGGGAGUGGACACCCAGGCUGUCUGUCUGUCUGGGAGGGAGUGAGCUGGGGAGUGGACACCCAGGCUGUCUGUCUGGGAAGGAGUGAGCUGGGGAGUGGACACCCAGGCUGUCUGUCUGUGAGGGAGUGUGUGUGGGCAGCUGAUGAACUGACUGCUGUCUCUGUCAGGUUGUGUAAGAGGUGACAAGGCAGACAGAUGGUGGGGAGAGGGGAAAAAAAUAUCCUAGCAUAACAGAAUUAUCUCUCGACUGCAUCUUUCACCAUGGGUUAUAUGAAAGAUUCUAAUUGUGAAUCGUACCGUAAAGAAAUCAAAUGUACCCCUGUCUUUCAAAUGAAAGGCAAAAAUAUUGAGAUGAGGAAUGAGAUAAUAAAUUAUCAUCGGUACUGCUGUUUGCACAUAAUAUGAAACUGAAUUGCAAAUGAGAUCAAAGGGAGCGUGGUCAAAGGGAGCGUGUCACAGGUGUCUUUUUAGAUAUUUUGUUUAGUGUUCAACUUGAGCAUUAUUUUGAAUUGUUUUUUUUAAGGUGACAUGAUGUUUACUGCAGCUCAACAAUAGUCUGCAGAGAACGUUUUAAAAAAUGAUGAUGAAAUAUGUUUUUGUGUGUGUACUAGUUUGUGCACUCAUGUGGUUGUGUAUGUGUUUCUGUGUGCCCAGGUGUGUGGCUGUGUGCGUUUGUAAGUGCUCUGGACAUACCUGGUGUCCUCUAGAAGCCUAUUGUUUGCACUUUAAAUGCAAGAACAAGUCAAUGACUGUUAUCCAGUCACAAAUCUCUCAUUGAUCCAUUCUAGUGGAUAUUCAAUCUUCAUCCAAACCACCAUAGUCAUUACAAUAUGACUUCCAGCAUACCGUAUCUAUUUGUUUCCCACCUCAGUUUACUCUACAGUAACAACCAUGGUUUUCUCUGAAAAUUAUAGAAUACUGUUAAUAUGACUUCUUGCUAACUGCAACAAAAUAAAUACAUGUUACAAUUA